AUGACCUCCCGCCUGGAUCUCUCCCACCUCCUCCCACCCCCCCGCUUGCGCCAGCUGGUCCGGGAUUGGCUCCAAGAGGAUGCCCCGGCCUUCGACCCCGCCGGCUGCGCGGUAGGGGAAGGCCCGGAGCACGCUGUCCUCCUCUGCAAGUCUCCUGGGGUGUUGGCUGGCUGCCCCUUCUUUGAUGCCAUCUUUACCGAGCUGGGCUGCACCGUGGAGUGGUUCCAGCCCGAGGGGGCCUGGCUGGAGCCCGUGGCCCGCGUGGCUGAAGUCCGCGGCAAAGCCCGCCACCUCUUGCUCGGGGAGAGGACUGCCCUGAAUUGCCUGGGACGGUGCAGCGGGGUGGCCACGGCUGCGGGACGGGUCUGCCGGCUGGCGCGGGAGGCCAGCUGGCACGGGCAAGUGGCUGGGACGAGGAAGACCACGCCGGGUUUCAGGCUGGCCGAGAAGUACGCCCUGCUGGUGGGGGGAGCUUCGGGCCACCGCUACGACUUGGGCAGUCUCGUCAUGCUGAAGGAUAACCAUGUCUGGGCGGCGGGAGGAAUUGCCCAGGCCAUCCAGGAAGCCCAGCGGGUGACUGGCUUUCAUCUGAAGUUGGAGGUGGAGUGUCGUUCGCUGGAAGAGGCCCUGGAAGCCGCAGGGGCCGGAUCUGACAUUGUCAUGCUAGAUAACUUCUCCCCGGAGGAUUUGCAUCCUGCCGCCAGCGCGCUGAAAGCCGCCCAUCCCCGGGUGAUGGUGGAAGCCAGCGGGGGGAUCUCGGAGGAGAAUAUCUCCCAAUUCUUCGGCCCAUGUAUAGACGUCCUUUCUCUGGGAUGCCUCACCCAGUCGGCCCGAGCCGUGGAUUUUUCCCUCAAAAUCUGUCGGGAGACGCCGGUCCAGAGAGAUUUUGCCUUCUAA